AACUUAAUCGUAAUUUAGCUCAGAUAGAGCGCCGGCAGAGCGUUGUAAAGUAGGUAGUUCAGUUUCUUGCACCGAAAAUCUAAUUUUGAAUUUAGAACCUCAACAACUACAUACCGUGCUGCACUAAAUACGUGAUGAAAUAAUUUCCCUUAGAACAAACAUGGAACAGUUUGAACAACUGCUAACAUGUGCCAUUUGUUUGGAUCGGUACAGAAACCCAAAGUUACUACCAUGUCAACACAGUUUUUGCAUGGAACCAUGUCUGGAAGGAUUAGUCGAUUACGUACGACGCCAGGUAAAAUGUCCAGAAUGUCGUGCGGAACACCGAAUUCCGUACCAAGGCGUACAAGGCUUUCCAACCAAUGUAACUUUGCAAAGAUUUUUGGAACUUCACAUAGAAAUAACUGGGGAAUUACCGGAUCCGACAAGUGGCCAAAUAAUGGAACGAUGUAAUGUUUGCUCGGAAAAGGCGUACUGCAGCUUUUGCUUUCAUUGUGACAAAAAAGUUUGUCCCGAUUGCAAGGGUGCACACAUGGACAUCUUACGCAGGGAAAUUUGUCGAAUAAAUAAUCAAAUACGUCGAAGCAUUCACAGAUUGCAAGAUUCGCUGUCGCUGGUCGAAAGGAACACGCAAAGCAUUCAGACGAAUUGUUCAUCAGUUUCGGAGGAAGUUGAAGAAAUUUAUAGAAGAUUGUCGAAGGCGCUUAAAGAUCGAACGGAUUACUUGAGGGGCGAGGUCGACAGGUAUCUGUGCACGGAAUUGAGAACUUUGACGGGUUUGAAGGAAAAUUUGGAGCAGGAAAUAUCGAAUAUACUCAGCAACUGUGAUUUAGCAGAUAAACAUAUAAACGAGAGCGUGGACUGGGACGAUUGCGAACUGAUGGAUGCCAAAGAAAUUUUUCUCAAGACUGUAGAAUUCAUCAGAAACUUUGAGUAUGAGAAUUCGGAUUAUGGUCGGAAAGUGAGGCUAAUACUGGCCCACGACCCUAAUCAACUAGUUCUACAUGUGGCAGGAUUUGGGGAUCUGAAUAUUGCUCAUCAACAGUUUGGAGGUGGUAGUGCCUUACUGCAACCACCGGGUGGAGGACCAGGUUUAAUGCGGUCCAAAAGUGAUCACAGGUUAGCUUCACAAUUUAGGCAACAGGAAGAGAGGGGCUAUGAUAAAUCAUACGGUGAAGGUGGACAGGAGGAUCUUCCCUUAGGAGGACGAAAGUUUGGCGACCGAACAACAAGACCAACCACCGCUAAUACUGACAGGUAUGAUCGAUAUGGAAGAGGAGGUGCUACAGACUACGGUGAUGAGUAUGAAGAAACUACCAGACCGGCGAGGUCUCGAUAUCGGUCUCGCUUCAAUCGACAUGCACCUGCGGAGAAUGACUCAGAUACUGAACCUGCAACACGCGGGGUUCGUUUCAGUGAACAACACAAGGAAAAGGAACGAACAUUGGACACUGAAGAAGUAACGCGAGGUCCACUAAGCGGAAUACAACGACUGGCAGACUCCCCUCGCGUAAUGAAGAAAUUACAAGAAAAUGAAACCAACAAAAAGAAAGAAAAGGAAAAUCCGCCACUACAACCAACUACUCCACCAAAGGCUACACAACCGACUGUGAAAAAGCCACCUCUCGCCAAUAGACAAGUAAGCGAAGACGACGAAAUAUCGAAAAUUAAAAAACAGAACAAAGGAGCUACAACAUCCACAGCCCCACCCGAACCCUCCCCCACAGUAACAGUAACAAAACGCUCUGAUGACGUAGAAGAUAGACACGCAAAUACCCGCAGAACUCCAGCUCCUGAGGCCGCAUCAUCUGAUGAAGAUUCCGAUGCUUCAGAAAGCUCAGUCCAACAAACUCAACGAAAGACCACAAAAACCCCAGUCGUGAAUAGGAGAACUCCAGCUCCGGAACCAGCACCAACGCACAAAAAAGCGACUCGCUCGACGAGCUCAGACUCGACAACCUCUACCGAAUCAUCAGCAUCAAGCGCUAUCCGAAGUGGUGCAGCACCCGAAGAAACCAAACCAAAAUAUACACCACGCGUUACUGAUACAACACCAGAACGUACACGUGCACUUUCGACAAGCACACCCAAAGGUUCGUCUAACCAAAAAACAUUUCAAAGCCGUUUCUUACCAAAUCGAACUCCUACAGUAGUACCUACGCCACCCUCCCCUAAAGAACCAGAAUCAAGCAGCGAAGAAGAAACAGAAAGCGAAGAGGAAUCUGACGAGGACACUCCAAAACCGACCGGUACCGCUGAUAUGUCCAAAACUGACAUUGGUGCGUUACUAGCGCGUAGUGCUCACGCUAGAGACUCAUCAGAUUCAUCACCUAAAAAAGACGAGCCACAGAACACAAGAUCUAGAUAUGAAGACUCUCCAACGACAUACUCUAGAACGAGGAGUAAUGAAGAACCUACGUACACAAGUCGUUUUAUGAACAAAAAUCGCACACCUUCAACCACAACCGAUGACACAAAGACAUCAGAUGACACUGACAAAUACUCAAGUCCUAAAUCGCGCUACUCUGCAUUGAAGGAUAGAAGGCAAAGAUUGGCUCGAAGCAAAAGCAGUCACGCCUUCGGCGAUGAUGAUGAAACAGACGAGCCGAUUUCGCCGACAACAGCAAAUCCAACCGCCUACAUGCAAUCGCGAGGUUACAGCUCGACGACAUCUGCUAAUGAUCUUGCUCGAAGUCGUUCCUCGCACGCGUUAAAGUCACGUGAAAAUUCGCCCGAUCGUACAACAGCAAAUGAAAAGGACGGUGCCGCGCUCAGCUCUUGGGCGCGCUACCUUAAAAACAAAUACGGCAACAGAAGUUCCGGUAAGGACAAGGACUCGGGUUCCGGAACCGGCACAUCAUCUGGCAGCAGUGCGAGCGCGGCUAGAAGAUUGUCGUUGGGACUUCCAUUGAGGUCAUCAGAUGUCGGGAGCUCAGAUGACGACCAAAAAAACAUGUCAGGCUCCCCCACUACCCCUACAGCAGUUACGGUGGCAGCAGCCGGUAUCGCAGCGGCAGCAGCAGGUACCUCCCCUAAGGAACAGUACCUGCAAAAGAGCAAUUUACUGUUCAAGAUAGGGGGGCGGGGGAGCGAGCCCGGAUUAUUUACGUGGCCGAGAGGUGUGGCCGUAGGACCCGAUAACUCGAUCGUGGUCGCCGAUUCAUCUAAUCACCGCGUACAGGUGUUCGAUGCCAAUGGGAACUUCCUGAAGGAGUUCGGACAGUAUGGAAACGGUGAAGGAGAGUUUGACUGUUUAGCCGGCGUUGCAAUAAACAGAAUUGGACAAUUCAUUAUUGCGGAUCGCUACAAUCACAGGAUACAAGUAUUUGAUCCCUCGGGAAGGUUCCUGAGGUCGUUUGGUAGUCAAGGCGCUGCAGAUGGUCGCUUUAAUUAUCCUUGGGGAAUUACGACUGAUGCUUUAGGUUUCAUUUACGUUUGUGAUAAAGAAAAUCACAGAGUACAGGUUUUCCAAUCCGACGGAACCUUUGUUGGAAAAUUUGGUUCAAUGGGAAAUAAACCAGGACACUUAGAGCAUCCCCAUUAUAUUGCGGUUUCAAAUACGAACAGAGUGAUUGUUUCCGAUUCUAAUAAUCAUAGAAUACAAAUUUUUGAUGUCAAUGGGAAAGUCCUUUCGACGUUUGGCAGUGAGGGCUCAAAUGAAGGGCAGUUUAAGUUCCCAAGAGGUGUUGCAGUGGACGAUCAAGGCUUUAUUUGUGUGGCUGACUCUGGAAAUAAUAGAAUUCAAAUUUUCCAUCCCGAUGGUACCUUCCUAAAGGCGUUUGGCAGUUGGGGUUCAGGUGAUGGCGAAUUUAAAGGGCUUGAAGGAAUUGCUGUUACACCAAACGGAAACAUACUGCUAUGUGAUCGGGAAAACCAUAGAAUCCAGGUGUUUUAGAAUAAUAACUUCAUAUUUUGCAAUUUCUUUAUUUACAAAUUUUAAUAUAUGUGUGUUACUCAUUCUGAAAUAAAUUUGCAUUUUAUCUCA